UAUAUGGAAUCCUGACGACUCUGCACACUCUUCUCCAUGAGAAACUUCUUCUUCUUCAACUAAUUGACCAUUGAGGUCUGUUAAUCUUCAAAAUUUGGAAGCACAUGCAUAAACUCCGGCCAUAUAGAUACAACAAAAGCGAUGGAGUCAGAUUUGUCCUUAUUUUUCAAAAAUUGGCACAAUAAAAAGUAGUAAACAUUGCACAAAUCACGCUUGAGUUGGAAGAAAAAGAAGAGAACUUGGCCGUCUCAUGUGAAAGUCACAUACACGUGAAACAUGUCACCACAGAACUGAGUGAGAGACUGCAAAGUGCUAAGCCAUCAGCUCGCUCUCUCUCUCUCUUCUCCAUUACUUACCCCAUUCACUCCCAAAAAGCUAGCUUCUUUAGGAGGGGAGGGGAUAAAACAAAUGGAGAAGAGCAACAACAACAUUCUAAACCAACUUCAAUUUCAAAUAAUCUUAAGAUUUGCACACCCCGGUAAUUCUCUUCUUCUUGUCAUUCCCAUCUUGGCGGCCAUUUUUACUUCCACUGCUACUACAGUUUCAGCUUUCGACUAUGCCGAUGCUCUAACCAAGAGUCUUCUCUACUUCGAAUCACAACGUUCUGGUCGGUUACCGUACAAUCAACGUGUCACUUGGCGGGAUAAUUCAGGCCUCACUGACGGCUUAGAACAAGGAGUGGAUUUGGUCGGAGGGUAUUAUGAUGCCGGCGACCAUGUAAAAUUUGGGCUGCCAAUGGCCUUCACGGUGACAAUGCUUUCGUGGAGUGUCAUUGAAUUCCGAGACCAGAUCGCCGAAGCCGGCGAAUUGGAACAUGCUCUGGAGGCAAUCAAAUGGGGCACAGAUUACUUCGUUAAGGCACACACUAGUCCAAAUGUGUUAUGGGCUGAGGUGGGUGAUGGAGAUACUGAUCACUAUUGCUGGCAACGUCCGGAGGACAUGACGACAUCACGACAUGCUUACAAGAUCGACGAGAACAAUCCCGGGUCAGAUCUCGCCGGAGAAACAGCUGCCGCCAUGGCUGCUGCUUCAAUAGUUUUCAAGAAAACAAACCCACAUUACUCACGCCUACUGUUGCACCAUGCCCAACAGUUGUUUGAAUUUGGUGAUAAAUACAGAGGUAGAUAUGAUGCAAGUGUGGGAGUGGUGAAGAGCUACUAUGCGUCGGUGAGUGGGUACAUGGAUGAAUUGCUGUGGGGAGCAAUGUGGCUGUAUAAGGCCACUGACAGUGACAAUUACUUGAACUACGUUAUCAACAAGGCUCAUUACCUUGGUGGGAUCAGUUGGGCAAUUACAGAGUUCAGCUGGGAUGUUAAGUAUGCUGGCCUCCAACUUAUGGCUUCAAAGUUAAUUGCCGAAGAUAAACACAAGAAACAUAAUCAAAUACUCGAGCAGUAUAGGUCGAAGGCCGAGUUCUACUUAUGUUCAUGCCUCAACAAGAACAAUGGCAGCAAUAUUGACCGGACGCCAGGCGGCCUCUUAUACAUUAGGCAAUGGAACAACAUGCAGUAUGUUUCAACAGCGGCGUUUCUUCUCACUGUUUACUCAGAUUUUCUGCUUAACUCAAAUCAAAAACUGAAUUGUCAUGGAGGAACAGUGGAUCAUGAAGAGAUGUUCAGAUUUGCCAAAUCUCAAGUAGAUUAUAUCUUGGGCUCUAACCCAAUGAACAUGAGCUAUUUAGUGGGUUAUGGGUCCAAAUACCCCACAAGGGUGCACCACAGAGGAGCCUCAAUUGUGUCAUACAGAGAGAACAAAGGGUUCAUUGGGUGCACCCAAGGGUACGAUAAUUGGUACAGCCACCCGGAUCCGAACCCCAAUGUUCUGGCUGGAGCAUUGGUGGGAGGACCCGAUUCUCAAGAUAAUUUUAUGGACCAAAGAGAUAACUAUAUGCAGACUGAGGCCUGCACAUACAAUACGGCACCAUUGGUGGGAGUCUUCGCAAAAUUCUUACAUUUGGAGCACCAAAAUCCCUGGCAAUCUUUGGUUGCUUCUUAUUAGUAAUAAUAUAUACCACAUAUAUUUUUGCAUGGGAAAUAUUAAAAUAUACUAGUGAAUUUUUUAUGUUCGUUUCUUAUUAGUAAUAAUAUAUACCAUAUAUAUUUUUUAAGUUCGUUUCUUGGCUGAACUAAAAUGUUCUCGCCUCCAUCUGUGCCGUUUUUUAUAAUACUUCCCUAGUUUUGAUAGUAGAAAGCUUUAAGCUUACAAUUGUCGCUUGUUCUCUUUCUUUUGUUUUUUUUUCCCCUGUAAAGGAAUUGAAGAGAAAUUAUGAAUACAUUGCGUUCUUGUACUUGUAAUGCCCUCAAUGAAACUGCAGUGAAUAAUUGUUCGAUUUGGCUCUUUGAUUCUCGUCA